AUCGAUCAAGUGUAAAGUCGCGUGUGAUUGGGGUGGGUUUCUAAUAUUCAAUCAAGUUUUACUUAGAAUGAGAUUUUGAUUAUCUCAGUUGUCACCAAGUGUACAGAUAUUACAGAUAUAGCAUGUUAUGAAGAAAAAAAACAUAUAAUUCAUUUCUUUGAAAUUUUGGAUACAAAAAGAAAACUUUGAAGAGUACAGCUUUAAUAUUUGUUCACAGUAUAUUGAAGAAAUCAGUUGGAUGAAAUCAACCAUUUGAGGAUGUGUGCAUUUUCAUAAUUUCUACAAAAACAUUUUCCGAUUAAAAACUUUGGUCCUGAAAUAAGAUGAAAACCGAAGACAUAAAUGAUUCUGCACAAAUAUUGAGAGAUAUUCUACAAAACCGAGAAAAACAAAUGCAAGAAAAUAUAGGUAAUAAUAACAGUAUAAAGGAAAUCUGUGGAAAUAUUCAAGAAGAUUCUUGUCAGACAUCAGAUUUAGAAAAAAUGACAAUGAAAGCAAUGGCUACCACAUAUAGGGGAGAUAACCACGAACAGGAAUCUGAACAUUCUUCUGAUGAACUGUCAUUAGAUGGCAGCGACUAUGGCAGCGAUCAAAAUCAAUUAAUGGAUGAAAUGGAGGGCAGCGAGUCUAUGUAUGAUAUGAAAAAUAAUGACAGGAACUCUGUCGACGGUGAUGAAAAUAAAGAAGCAAAGCGUGCACGUGUUGAAAACAUUUUAUCACAUAUAAGACAGUCCCCUCCUAGCCCAGGGGAUCAAGGUGAUAACCAUUCACAAGAGGUGCGGCGACCAAAAAGAAAACAAUACCAACCGCAACAACAUGAUUCUAAAUUUCUUGAUCAUUCAGGCAACAAAUACAGAAAACUAGAAAAGUUAGCAUUACAAGAUCAAUUACUUCAACUUCAGCAACAGUUGCAACUUGUCCAGAAACGGUACCUAGAAAUACAGUAUGACGAUGAACAAGUCAAUGGCGAAGAAGAAAAUGAAAGUCCAUUCCAAUUCAGAAUGAAUUUAGAUAAACCUUUGUUUAAUCACAAAAUGUUUGAAAAUGAACCUUUGCAGAUGAAUAGAACAAACAACAUCAAAGAAAAAAUAAAUAGACUAUGUGAAGAACCAAAUAACCAACAAGCUAGGCCAGUAAUUAGUGAACCACUUCAGCAAUUAGAUGUUUCUAAUCUUGCAAACUCUUUAAAGACUAAAAUCACUGAUGCUGUAUCAAAUGCUGUAGAAAGUGUAGUUUGUGAAUUGUUGAAAGAUAAACCAAAGAGAGUAGAAAAUGAGAAACCAAAGUCUAAACCAGAACCAGUACCAAGUCCAAUACCAGUAAGAGAAAUACCAGAAAGGGUCAAAGAAGAAAAACCUAAACUUAUGAUGCCACAUCCACCACCUUUCAGAUCAUCACCCAUGCGUGAACCAAUGCAUGAUCACAUUGGUCAAAUGGCCAGAAUUUUAGAAAAAGCUAGUGCCUUUGAGCCACCAAGAGGCCUAACUCCAGAUUUUAAUAGACCUCCACAUCUACAUCCAUCAUUACCAUUUCAUCUACCAUUUUCUUAUUUUCCGCAAUCUCAUUUACUGCAUCCGCCAUCUAUCUACUCUUGUGCUCCACUAUCUGAAUCAGAACAAACAGAACCAUUGCCAUUAGUUGUGAAUACACCAAAGAAGAAACGUACAAAAGUUACAGACACUAGAAUUUCACCAAAAACUGCUAGAGCAUUAUUGGGACAAGAUCCAAUGUCUUUUGCUCAUUUACAUAUGGAACAGGCAGAACAGAGACACCAUUUUCCUGGACUAAUUCCACAUCAUCUUCCAACAAGUGUGGCGAUUCCUAAUCCUAGUUUACAGAAUCCAUCUGACAUAUUAGGGUUUUAUCGAGGAGAGCAUCAAUUUGGUGAUCCACGCUCAAGUAACCACUCACCUCUUCAUGCUGACCACCCAUCACCAAGUUGUUCCGUCAGUUCUCCAUCAGACAGCUACAAGAUGUUUGACGGUUCCGACAGCUUUGAUGGUCAUCACAUGCAUGUCACCUCUACAUUAACACCAAUGCAUCUACGGAAAGCCAAGCUGAUGUUUUUCUAUGUAAGAUACCCAAGCUCAGCCAUACUGAAGGUGUAUUUCCCAGAUGUCAAGUUCAACAAGAAUAAUACAGCACAGCUUGUUAAAUGGUUUAGCAACUUUAGAGAGUUUUACUAUAUUCAGAUGGAAAAAUAUGCCAGACAAGCCAUUGCUGAAGGUGUCAAACAUGCAGAAGACCUUGUUGUUUCGACAGAUGCUGAGUUAUACAGAAUCUUGAAUUUGCAUUACAACAGAAAUAACCAGAUAGAGGUUCCAGAUAACUUUAGAAUGGUUGUACAAGCCACUUAUAGAGAAUUUUUCAAAUCUGUAAUGGCUAACAAAGACACAGAACCAUCAUGGAAGAAAGCCAUAUACAAAGUGAUAGCUAGGAUGGACGAUGUUCUCCCAGAAUACUUCAAAUCACCUAACUGGAUGGACCAGCUAGGAGAUAUGUGAUUCUAAACUCAAUAAAGAUAGUAUAUAAAGCCCAAGUUCACAAAGUUCUUACUUAUGUAUUAACUCUGACCUGAUUAAAGGUUAUAUGCGUAGGAGAUGGACCGAAUGACAAAAGUACUUGAAUAAAAAAACAUUGUCCUUGGUGAUAUUGUCUGUAUUACACCAGAAGGAAGUUUAUAAUUUAUAAUAUUUUAGAUAUAUUAUCUAUUAGCUCAAUAAUUGCAGAGAAAAGGAAGCCAUUAUUAUUGUCCUUAACAUUAUAAUUGGUAGUUGUUUUUUACAACAGUAUUUCUAUUAUAAUUAUGUAUGAUUAUUCUAUGAAGAUGUCAUUAAAUGGUCAGAGAAAGUAAGAAAAACUGGAGAGAAAGAGGAAUGCUAAUUGACAAUAGAACGUCAUUGAAUGAAAAUCAAAAUUCAAAGUUGCUGGUUCCAAUGAAAAUGUUCAAUAGCAUGAACGAGGGCAUCCCUGAGAAAGAUUUACUUUGUAUUUCUUAUAGUUAAAAAGCAGUUUGACUUACUUUCAGACCUGUGGGUUGUGUUCAGAUACUUUGUUAGUCAGUUAAGGUGCAAUUAUUUAUUUUUUUGUUGUUUUACCUUUAUACCAGGUGUACUAAUUAAAAUAUUUUGUUAAUUAGUUUUUCUUUGUUGAGAUUACUGUCAUUAUUUAUUUCUUUAUUUCCAUUUUCACCUGCAUGGUAUCUAAUUGUUUGAUACACGAUCUUGCAUAAUUUUACCUGUCAAUUUAUAUGUCCAUUAACAUUGAUUCAGUAUUUUUUUGGUUGCCAUUUGUCCACAUUUAUUUUAGUGUUUUCUUCAUUUUAAAUAGUUAUUAUUGACAAAUUUUUUAAUUGCACCAACAUGCAGUAAAAAUACAUGGUGUCUGAAGAAGAUAUUUUUUUGUGGUAAUUGGAACAAAUAUUUUGCAUGAAAAUGUACAUAAGAUGAUGUAACUUUUAUAAAUUUUACCAUUUUGUAUUUUUCUAUUGUUAUGUUAUUUCUUGUAUUAAAAGUUUUUCUCAAUUCCAACUAGGGCUAAAUAGACAAAUUAGUCCAGGUUCAAUGCCAUUCAAACAAAACCAUACCAUUGAUUCCGUUAGCUUUACUACUUUUCAUUCCAUUUUUUACGUUCCAGAAAUGCUCAGUUGUGAAUAUCUAGUCAUGUUUUACAUUAUUUGAUUGUUGAUUUUUGUUUGAUUUGAAUUCCAAGACCAUUUACUUGUUUAAUCAGUAUUUUUUUUAUUAUUUUGUUUGACAAGUUUUCAGGUAUUGUUACAAAAACAAUAAUUCUGAAAGUUUUGUACAGUCAUUUUUAGCCUUUUAAACAUAAAUGCAUAUUGAAACAAUCGGGUCUUUUAUGAAAAACACAUGAUAUUGCAAAAAAUAAGAACUAAGGGGGAGUCCUGAAGUAAUAAAAGACGUCUAAAAACACUACCCUGAAAAUUAGUUAUUUAUUUUAUGUAUAUCACAGUUUGUUAGUUUGUGAGCUACAAAUAUAAACACAAAAAUGUAUAAACUUGAUGACACUUUGAAUUUCUUAGGGAAAGUGUUAAUUUAAAUAAUCAAACACUCAGUGUCUUGGAAGUAAAGGUGUAAUUAUUUACCCUAUAUAUGGUGUUUGACAUUUGUGUGAUUUUUAUAACUCUCUACUGGAGUCCUAAUGAAACAUUUGUCAUGGAAGAUUAACUAUCUGUUUAAAAUUAAUUAGUAGAAAAUUAUUACAUGUUUUCUUCCAAGACCUCCCUUGGAGAAAAGUUACCUAUCCAAUUACAACACCAACAGACAAUAUGGUGGUAGUGCCACUUAACCAAUCAAAUGACUUGUAAACAAUAUGUAGGUGCUGCCACCUGUUACAGCUGAAAAGUAUGAAUGUUUUUUCUCUUCUAACAAGUAAAUGUAGCUCUCCAAAAAUUGACAUAUUGUUUCUGAUAGGUGACAUCUUGUGUUAGACCGUUUUUAUUUCUUAAUUGUUAAGUAAAGUAGUUUAUGUCAAUAAAUUGGCGUUUGAAAUUUAUUAACAAUUGAUUUCAAUGUGUCUCUUUUAUUGAUAGAAAAUAAUUAGGUUUUAAAAGAUUGUUAUUAAGUUAUUUAAAAAUCAAAAGAACAAAUUUGAAUUAAGUUACAGCCUUAAAUGGCAGAUGUAAAAAUUUGUUAUUUUGAAUGUGUUUACUCACGUAAAGUGCUUUUGUCCUUUGUAGUAGGCCCUUAAAUAAAAUACAGUUUCAUUUUGUCCGUUCUCAAUGAUCUCUUAAAUUUUAUGAUGAUAGUCGUACAUGUUUUAUUCUGUAGAAUUCCACACAUUUUUUAUAUUGCUUUGUCAUUUACAAUCAUUUUUCUAUAUCAAAACUUUUUUUUUGUGCAAUAUAUAUAUGUAAAAAACAGUCAUUGUCUCAGAUUUGUGCAAUAUAAAUUAAUUGGUGGUAGUUGGUCAUUAAUUUAACAUAGUAUAUCUAAUGUUAUAUAACCUUACACAAUAUAAUUAUUUUUUGUAAUUAUAAUAAAAUAUAUUAGAAUUAAAUAUAAAAGUAUUUUCUUCGAUUUGAUAUUUUUUUUGUUUUUUUACAUAUAAUUCAUUUGAUUACUAUUCCAUGAAUGACAUUCUGAAAAUGGUAAAAUUAUAAAUGUAUAUUAAAUGAAAAUAUUUAGUAAAAUUCAUUUGAAAGAAGCAUGUAGCGUAGAAUUUUAUUUAAAUAAAAUAUAAAUGCUACGAAACGCAAAGUUAAUUACCAUAAGAUAAGUUUAAUGAAAUUUAAGUAAAAUAUUUCCUGUAUAUUUGGCUUGUUCCUGCAGGUAAAAGUUACUUUCACUGGAAAUACAUGAUUAUUAGUGACAAAAAUACUUUAAGAUGAGACAAAAUACAAAGAUAAUUUUAGUAUCUUUUAAAACCAGGUUACUUUUGAUUAUUACAUGUCAUUACCUAUGGUGUAUGUGUAAAGGAUCUUUCAGGAUUAAUAUGAUAUUAUUUGAUGUCUUGUAAAUAUAUAAUGUUUUUGUCCAGAUAUUUUGUUAUGUAUUUUGUGCUUGAUCUAAACCAAUCCAAGUUAAUCGUCAACCAAUUUUAUGACAUUCCUUCAUAUAUAAUACAAGAUUGUUAAAGAUGUUAUGUAUAUGAUGACAUAUUUUUCCAUUUCUGUAAACA